GGCCUACAACUCCCUGCGAUCCUUGCGGUGGCGUCUCUGGCUCCGCCCACGGCUCCCAGAGUGCUCCAUGCCAGUCCGGUUCGUGUCCUGUGUGCGCCUGCGCAAGAGCAGAAUGGAACAGCAGAGGGGGCUCCUGUUGUUUCUGGGGGUACAGAUGCUGCUGAUGGGGGCAUUGCUCUACCAAAGCCACCACCGCCGUAGCUUCACCUCUUUCCUGCGCUCCCUAAUACAAGACAAGCCAGAGGAUGGAGAAGAGCUGCCUUUUCUGGUUCAGGUCUCCUCUGUAGGAAUCCCUUACCAGGACGUGUACUCCAACCUCAGCCAGAUCCACCCCCUGGACAUCAGUGACGAGGAUCUGCCCAACUGUCCCAUCAUCUCGCCCUACAUCAAUGGUCCUUUGAAGGUGCUGAUCCCAGAGAACCUGACGAUGGAGCAGGUGGUGGAGAAGAACCCACUGGUGGAGCUGGGAGGCCAGUACCGGCCACCCGACUGCUGGACAGAGCAGCACACGGCGGUCGUGGUGCCCUACUGCGGGCAAGGCCAGCAGCUGCAGCAGCUGCUCUUCCACCUGCACCCCUUCCUGCAGCGCCAGCAGCUGCACUAUGCCGUCUACGUGGUGAACCAGGUGAACAACAGCCCCUUCAACCGGGGCAAGCUGCGCAAUGUGGGGUUCUGGGAGGCCAUGCAGGAGGAGGACUGGGACUGUGUCUUCUUCCACGAUGUGAACCUCCUCCCGGAGGACGACCGCAACCGCUACGUCUGUGACGUCUUCCCUGCCCAUGUGUCCGUGGCCAUUGACAAGUUCAACUACAAGCUGCCCUACCAAGGCUAUCUUGGAGGGGUGUUUGCUCUGCGCCCCAUUCACUACCUGAGGAUAAACGGUUUCCCCAACACGUACUGGGGCUGGGAUCAGGAGGACAAUGAGAUCGCUGCCAGGGUGAAGCUCAGCGGGAUGCUCCUCUCCCGGCCCCACCUGCUCUUUGGCCGCUACCACAUGCUGGAGGAGGGGCAGUACCCCAGCCACAAGCAGAGCCCCCAGAGAGGGACUCCAGAAGGCAGACUGUCUGGGGGCACGAGGAAGAGAUGUGCCUUCUACAGCUGCUGCUGCUGCCUGUGCUGUGGGGAGAAAGGGGCAGAUACAGCACACGACCCUCCAGUGGCCACCAACAAGCCCGAACAGAAGCUGCAUGAAAGGACCCGGGGGCGGUUCUUUCUCCUCGGGGACUUCCGGACCAAAAACUGCUCCCUGAGCAUCAGAGACGUCAGCAUGGGGGACAGUGGGACAUACUUCUUUCACGUGGAGACAUCCUUCAGUGAACACUCAUAUCUAGAUAAAAUGUUCUCUCUGAAGGUGACAGCCCUGAUCCACAAACCCCACAUCCCCAUCCCGGAGACCCUGGAGUCUGGCUGCCCCAGGAACCUGACCUGCUCGGUGCCCUGGGUCUGUGAGCAGGGCACACCCCCCAUCUUCUCCUGGACAUCAGCUGCCCUCACCUCCCUGGGCCCCAAGACCCUCCUCUCCUCAGUGCUCACCCUCACCCCAUGGCCCCAGGACCACAGCACAACUGUCACCUGUCAGGUGAUGUUCCCCACAACUGGGGUGAUCGUGGAAAGGACGAUCCAGCUCAACGUCACCUAUGCUCCACAGAACGUGGCCAUCAGAAUCUUCCAAGGAAACAGACCAGCCCUCGAGACUCUGCAAAACGCCUCAUCCCUUCCCAUCCUGGAGGGCCAGGCUCUGCAGCUACUCUGUGUUGCUGACAGCAACCCCCCUGCGCAGCUGAGCUGGUUCCGGGGGUCCCCAGCCCUGAACGCCACCGCCAUCUCCAGCACGGCGAUUCUGGAGCUGCCUGGUGUAGGGACUGCAGAAGAAGGAGAAUUCACCUGCCGAGCUCAGAACCCGCUGGGCUCCCAGUAUCUCUCUCUGAGCGUCUCUGUGGUCUACCCCCCGCAGCUGCUGGGACCCUCCUGCUCCUGGGAGGACGGGGGUCUGCACUGCAGCUGCUCCUCCCGAGCCCAGCCGGCCCCCUCCCUGCGCUGGCGGCUGGGGGAGGGGCUGCUGGAGGGGACCUCCAGCAACGCCUCCUACAUGGUCACCUCCAGCUCGGCUGGGCCCUGGGCCAACAGCUCCCUGAGCCUCAGUGAGGGGCUCAGCUCUGGCCUCAGCCUCAGCUGCGAAGCCCUGAAUGUCCACGGGGCCCAGAGCGCCAGGGUCCUGCUGCUGCCAGGCCAAUCACAGCCCAGGGCCGGCUGGGUCCUGGGAGCUGUCGGGGGAGCUGGCUUCAUGGUCCUGCUUUCUCUCAGCCUUUGCCUCGUCUUCAGAGUGAAGACCCACAGGGAGACCCAGCCAGUGCAAAGCAUGGAUGAUAGGAGCCAAGUCGUGGGCUCCGGCUCCCGGGAGCAUCAGUUCGGGACAGACACCCCUGCAGACUCCCCGGCCCCUGCUGGGGCUGGCCCCAUCUCACAAGACGAAUGCCAGCUGCACUACGCCUUCCUCAGAUUUCACAAGCUGAAGCCUCAGGGACGGGAAGGCAUGGACACUGAAUACUCAGAGAUCAGGACACACAAGUGAGGAAUCACAGUCUCACAGUUCUGGAGGCUGGAAGUCUGAGAGCAAGGAGUCAGCGGGGUUGGUUCCUUCUGAGGCCCCGCUCCUUGGCUUGUAGAUGGCCGUCUUCCCGCUGUGUCCUCACACGGUCUUCCUUCUCUGUGUGUGUGCAUGUGUGUCCUAAGUUAUUCUUCUUAUAAGGACACCAGAUGUAUUGGAUUAGAGCCCACCCUGAUGACCUCAUGUUAACUGAACUUGUAAGACUCUAUCCCCAAAUACAGUCACAUUCUGGAGUACCCGGGAUUAGAACUUCAA